CAAGGGGAAGGGUUUUCCCUUCCGACCAAAUAAUUUAAGAAAGAACAAACAGAGGGAUUACAGAGGGAGGCGGCGGUGUUUUGGUUUUAUUGUUGGCGCUUCCUUCACUCUCCCUCUCAAAGGAUCGCCUCUUAUUUUAUAAUAUGAAAAUAUAUCCUUUUGUUUUUCUCUUUUGAAUUGAGAGAGUCAUCUUCUUUCUUCCCGCUGUCUACAGAUCUUUGGGAAAUAUUUAUAUUUUCCGUUCAUUACUCGUCGAAACAACUAGUUACUGAGUUUUCUUUUUUUUGCUACGAUGGCGGCUUCUUUACAAAUUUCCGGCGUAAAAACCGCCCCGUCUCAUUCAUUUCCAAAGCAGACUUCUUUCCACUGCCGUUCUGCAUUUUUGAGCCAGCUUAAUUUCGGGUCAUUCCGGUCUACGGAUUCUUAUAGGAGGCUAAGGCAUUGCUGUAAAAGUAGAGUGUUUAAGGUUAGUUGUGAGGGAGGGAAUGUGGAUGUGAUCGAAAGGAAUGAGGUUGAGAAAUCAACGUUGGGAGAAGCAAAGAAUGAAUUGACGUGUGUGAUGAAGUUCGGUGGAUCAUCAGUGGCUUCCGCUGAGCGAAUUAGAGAGGUUGCUGACCUUAUACUUAGUUUCCCCAAUGAAAGGCCAGUCGUUGUUCUUUCUGCCAUGGGAAAGACAACCAAUAAGCUUUUGCUGGCUGGUGAAAAGGCUGUCAGCUGUGGUGUCACUAAGGUGGAUACCAUUGAAGAGUUGGGCUUCAUAAAAGAGCUGCAUCAUAGGACGGUUGAUGAACUAGGAGUGGAGAGGUGGAUUGUUGAUGGGCACCUGGAAGAACUGGAGCAGCUCUUAAAAGGAAUUGCUAUGAUGAAAGAGUUAACAUUGCGUACAAAAGACUAUAUAGUUUCAUUUGGGGAGUGCAUGUCUACAAGGAUUUUUGCUGCAUAUUUGGAUAAAAUUGGGGUUAAGGCCCGUCAGUAUGAUGCCUUCGAAAUUGGUUUCAUUACCACUGAUGACUUCACAAAUGCGGAUAUUCUGGAAGCAACUUACACAGCUGUUGCAAAAAGAUUAAAUGAUGAUUGGAACAGUAAUCCAGCAAUCCCAAUUGUGACUGGUUUCCUUGGAAAGGGCUGGAGAUCUUGUGCAAUUACUACUUUAGGUAGGGGUGGUAGUGAUUUGACAGCCACAACCAUUGGAAAAGCAUUGGGAUUGCGAGAAAUUCAGGUAUGGAAAGAUGUUGAUGGUGUUUUGACCUGUGAUCCUAACAUAUAUUCUGGGGCUCAACCUGUACCAUACCUGACAUUUGAAGAGGCAGCAGAACUUGCUUACUUUGGUGCUCAGGUUCUGCAUCCACAAUCCAUGAGACCAGCUAGGGAGGGUGAUAUUCCUGUUAGGGUUAAGAAUUCUUACAAUCCUAAUGCUCCAGGAACUCUCAUCACUGGAAAUAGAGAUAUGAGUAAGGCAGUACUCACCAGCAUUGUUUUGAAACGGAAUGUCACCAUGUUGGAUAUUGUUAGCACACGAAUGCUUGGUCAAUUUGGCUUUCUAGCGAAGGUAUUUUCUAUCUUCGAAGAUUUAGGCAUCUCUGUGGAUGUUGUAGCUACCAGUGAAGUUAGUAUUUCGUUGACUUUGGAUCCGUCAAAACUUUGGAGCAGAGAAUUAAUUCAGCAGGAACUAGACCAUGUUGUAGAAGAACUUGAAAAAAUCGCUGUUGUCAAUUUGCUUCAACACAGAUCUAUCAUUUCUCUCAUUGGGAAUGUCCAGAGAUCCUCACUUAUACUGGAGAAGGCAUUUAAUGUUCUUAGGACCAAUGGAGUCAAUGUUCAAAUGAUCUCUCAGGGUGCAUCUAAGGUUAAUAUAUCAUUGGUUGUAAAUGACAACGAAGCAGAAGAGUGCGUGAGGGCACUUCAUUCAUCAUUUUUUGAAAGUGAGCUUCCUGGGUUAGAUAAAUGUGGUUCUGCCAAUUGAUGAGAUGAGAAAUUUAUGGAUUCAUUUGAUAUAAUGAGCUUAGGAGAUUAAAUUCUUCUUCCUUUGCUUGCUGCUGUUGCAAUUUAGAAAGAAAUAUUAACAAAUUGGUAUGAUAAUGUAACAUUAUAUAAACAUAUAAAUGUAGGGGCAGAUGAUGGGGAUGAUUUACUAUUUAUUUCCCUGGGUAUCUGGAUGAUUGAUGCCUGCUUAAUUUCCUGUAUGCAAUUUAAUUGAUAGAAAAAAAGAAGAGGAAAUGCAGGCCACAAUUGUCUCAUAUCCUGUUAAUUUCCUGUAUGCAAUUUAAUUUCCUGCUUAAUUUCCUGUAUGCAAUUUAAUAUACAAACUUGCUUGUCCA